CAACCCGCGGGAGCCACUGCAUUUGACGUCAUCAUUGCGCGCCAUCCCUCCCCUUAAGUGUUUAAUCUCCGCGCGCAGGCCGCUCUGAAACCCGACGGCCGGAUCCCUUGUGGUCCUAGUUGCUGCUCCUUCGAAUCAUGUUCCCAGCCGCCCCUUCUCCGCGGACCCCGGGUCCCGGGUCCCGAAGGGGCCCCCUGGCCGGACUCGGGCCCGGCUCCACGCCCCGGACGGCCAGCAGGAAGGGUCUGCCCCUGGGGUCUGCAGUCAGCUCCCCAGUGCUCUUCUCACCGGUGGGCCGGCGUAGCUCGCUAAGCUCGCGAGGAACACCAACACGAAUGUUCCCACACCACUCCAUAACUGAGUCUGUGAACUAUGAUGUGAAAACGUUUGGAUCUUCUCUUCCUGUUAAAGUCAUGGAAGCCCUAACAUUGGCUGAAGUCGAUGAUCAGCUGACCGUUAACAUAGAUGAAGGUGGAUGGGCUUGUCUGGUGUGCAAAGAGAAGCUCAUUAUUUGGAAGAUUGCUCUGUCACCUAUUACUAAGUUAUCGGUUUGCAAAGAACUUCAGCUGCCAUCUAGUGAUUUCCACUGGAGUGCCGACUUAGUGGCUCUCUCUUACUCUGCUCCCUCAGGUGAAGCACAUUCUACUCAGGCUGUUGCUGUCAUGGUUGCCACCAGAGAAGGAUCCAUCCGCUAUUGGCCAAGCCUUGCUAGUGAAGAUACCUACACAGAGACUUUUGUUGAUUCGGGAGGUGAUAAGACUUACAGUUUCCUAACAGCAGUGCAGGGAGGAAGUUUUAUUCUGUCCUCGUCAGGAAGCCAACUAAUUCGGUUGAUACCUGAGAGCUCAGGAAAGAUUCAUCAGCAUAUCCUGCCUCAGGGGCAAGGCAUGCUUUCAGGAAUUGGUCGAAAGGUUUCUUCUCUUUUUGGAAUUUUAUCUCCUAGUAGUGAUCUCACACUUUCAAGUGUUCUUUGGGAUAGUGAGAGAUCAAGCUUUUAUAGCUUGACAAGUUCAAACAUCAAUAAAUGGGAAUUAGAUGACUCUUCAGAAAAACAUGCAUACAGUUGGGAUAUAAAUAGAGCCCUGAAGGAAAACAUUACCGAUGCUAUUUGGGGAUCUGAAAGUAACUAUGAAGCUAUUAAAGAAGGAGUCAACAUUCGAUAUUUGGACUUGAAACAAAACUGUGAUGGGCUGGUGAUUUUGGCAGCAGCAUGGCACUCAGCAGACAAUCCGUGUCUCAUCUAUUACUCUCUGAUAACAAUAGAAGAUAAUGGUUGCCAAAUGUCAGAUGCAGUUACUGUAGAAGUCACUCAAUAUAAUCCACCUUUUCAGUCUGAAGACCUGAUUUUGUGUCGGUUGACGGUCCCAAACUUUUCAAACCAGACUGCCUAUCUGUAUAACGAAAGUGCUGUCUAUGUGUGCUCCACAGGAACUGGGAAAUUUUCUCUUCCCCAGGAGAAAAUUGUCUUUAAUGCACAAGGAGAUAGUGUUUUAGGUGCUGGUGCCUGUGGUGGUGUUCCUAUCAUUUUUUCUAGAAACAGUGGACUGGUGUCUAUUACUUCACGGGAAAAUGUGUCCAUAUUGGCAGAAGACCUGGAAGAGUCCUUAGCAUCUUCAUUUGCUGGACCAAACAAUGAGAGUAUGAUUUUUGAGACCACUACAAAGAAUGAAACUAUAGCCCAGGAAGAUAAAAUCAAGUUGCUGAAAGCUGCCUUUCUGCAAUACUGCAGAAAAGAUUUAGGUCAUGCUCAAAUGGUGGUUGAUGAGCUCUUUUCCUCUCACUCUGAUUUGGAUUCUGAUUCCGAACUAGACAGGGCAGUUACCCAAAUCAGUGUAGACCUGAUGGAUGACUACCCAGCGUCUGACCCACGGUGGGCUGAGUCUGUCCCUGAGGAAGCACCUGGGUUCAGCAAUACGUCACUGAUUAUCCUUCACCAGCUGGAAGACAAAAUGAAAGCUCACUCUUUCCUUAUGGACUUCAUUCAUCAAGUUGGCUUAUUUGGACGUCUAGGCAGUUUUCCAGUUAGAGGGACACCAAUGGCCACUCGACUGUUGCUCUGUGAGCAUGCCGAAAAGCUGUCAGCCACCAUUGUUCUCAAGAACCACCACUCCCGGCUUUCUGAUCUCGUCAACACGGCCAUAUUGAUUGCUUUGAACAAGAGGGAGUAUGAAAUCCCAUCCAACCUGACUCCUGCAGAUGUCUUUUUCAGGGAGGUGUCCCAAGUAGAUACCAUCUGUGAGUGCUUACUGGAGCAUGAGGAGCAAGUCUUGAGGGAUACACCUAUGGAUGCCAUUGAAUGGGCUGAAGUGGUGAUCAAUGUGAACAAUAUUCUCAAGGAUAUGCUGCAGGCUGCUAGUCAUUAUCGCCAAAAUAGAAACUCUUUGUAUAGAAAAGAAGAAUCACUAGAAAAAGAACCUGAAUAUGUUCCAUGGACGGCAACGAGUGGUCCUGGGGGCAUCCGAACAGUAAUAAUACGCCAGCAUGAGAUUGUCCUGAAGGUGGUUUAUCCACAGGCAGACAGCAACCUCCGAAACAUCGUGACCGAGCAACUGGUAGCUCUGAUCGAUUGCUUCCUGGAUGGUUAUGUUUCUCAGCUUAAGUCGGUGGAUAAAUCCAGUAAUCGGGAAAGAUAUGAUAAUCUGGAGAUGGAAUACCUACAGAAAAGAUCAGAUCUCUUAUCUCCUCUUCUUACACUAGGCCAGUACCUGUGGGCUGCUUCUCUAGCAGAGAAAUACUGUGACUUUGAUAUCUUGGUACAAAUGUGUGAGCAGACUGACAACCAGAGCCGACUCCAGCGCUACAUGACCCAGUUUGCUGAUCAGAAUUUUUCAGACUUUCUCUUCCGUUGGUAUCUGGAGAAAGGAAAGCGAGGCAAAUUAUUAUCUCAGCCCGUUUCUCAGCAUGGACAGUUGGCGAAUUUUUUGCAAGCUCAUGAACAUCUCAGCUGGUUACAUGAAAUUAAUAGCCAAGAAUUAGAAAAGGCUCAUGCAACACUUCUGGGUUUGGCAAAUAUGGAAACUCGUUACUUUGCAAAGAAGAAAACCCUUCUUGGCUUGAGUAAAUUGGCUGCAUUAGCUUCAGACUUUCCAGAGGAUAUACUGCAAGAAAAAAUUGAAGAAAUGGCUGAGCAGGAACGCUUUCUACUGCAUCAGGAGACCCUACCUGAACAGCUGCUAGCGGAGAAACAGCUACAUCUCAGUGCGAUGCCAGUAUUGACUGCACCACAACUCAUUGGUCUAUAUAUCUGUGAAGAAAAUAGAAGAGCUAAUGAAUAUGAUUUCAAGAAAGCUUUGGACUUGCUGGAAUAUAUUGAUGAGGAAGAAGAUGUAAAUAUAAAUGAUCUCAAACUGGAAAUCCUUUGCAAAGCUCUUCAGAGAGAUAACUGGUCCAGUUCUGAUGGCAAAGAUGAUCCAAUUGAAGUAUCUAAAGACAGUAUAUUUGUGAAGAUCUUACAGAAACUUUUAAAAGAUGGCAUUCAGCUCAGUGAGUACUUACCGGAGGUGAAAGACCUGCUACAGGCAGAUCAGCUUGGAAGCUUAAAGUCCAAUCCUUACUUCGAGUUUGUUUUGAAAGCAAAUUAUGAAUAUUAUGUUCAGGGACAAAUAUAACUUUUUCUUAAAAUGGCCAUUGUUUAUGAAAUUUGUAUAAGUGUGUCCUUAUAAGAAUUUUAGGCCAUAAACAAGUAUAAGUUUGUACAAUUUCAGAACAUGUAUAGCUGAGUUUUUACACUUUAUAUGUAGGAAGCUAAUAUAAAAUAGUUAUGUAACUGUGAUUUUGGUUUUCAGUUACGUGACUUGUUUUUUCCACCUGAAAUGUGUCAGUUGUUGUUCCUGUACUCGGUGCCCUUUCUUUUUCCUCUGACGUGGUCCCAGGUUCUGGAGUUCUUGUCCUGGUUCUAGCUACUCACAUGCACAAAUCACUUCUAGGCCUCAGUUUCUGUGACCAUGAAAAUUACUAGAUUGCACUAGCUUUUCUCUAAAAUUCUGUGACUCCAGAUACUUUGCACCAAAGAGAAUCUAGGGUGUUUGGUAUCUAUUUCAGUUAGGGCUAAUGGGAAAUGUCCAGUAAGGUAAAUGUCAACUUUUGCUGACUUACUAUGAGAUGAAAAACAAAAGCAGAGCAGGCCUAGCUCAUAUGAACUUGAUAAUUAUGAACUCAUUGGGAGCAUUUUAAACUUUUCUACAGAAAUAAUAAAUGAGCACUAAUGAAAGUA